GCAGUCGCGCGCAUGCGCAGCACGGCUGGGCAAAGCAGCUGCUGCUGCGGGAGCUGGCGCUGCCGGGGCCACGGGCGCCAUGUCGGGUCGCUCGGUGCGGGCCGAGACCCGCAGCAGGGCCAAGGAUGACAUCAAAAAAGUUAUGGCGGCCAUCGAGCGCGUCCGCAAAUGGUAUGGGGACGGGGGGAGGGGCCGCGGGGGGGAGGGGCUUGGCGGCGGGUCAGCCAAUCCUCGGCGGCCGCGGCCUUGGUGACAGUGGCCCAACCAACCGACGGCAGCCGUUUGGCGGGAUGGGCGGGGCCUUCCCAAAGUGGCCAAUCGCAUUGUGCUUGUUGUAGAGGUGGGGUUGCGGGGAGAGAUGUGCUUGGCGGGGCUGCAGGCCAAUCAUAGUUCAGGGGCGGGUGAUGCCAGGCUGCUAGGAAUGGCGUGACGCUUGGCCAGUCGCUCCGCAAGGGACCUGGAGGGGCGGGGGACCAGUUGUCAUGGGGACUGGCUAGUCUACCUGCCGCGGACUGACCCAGUUUGCUGGAGAGAGAAGCUCUUGCUCAGUUUGCGUAUGCCGCUUAAUUUGUACAUGCGUUCCUUGCUUAUUUACAUAUUUUUUCUGAGCUCCUUGCCUGCAUGGUUUCUACAAUCUUCCCAACAGCCUUGCGAGGCAGGUCAGGGGGAGGUGGAAACAGUACUUAGGCAUUUUAUUCCUUAUCAUUGCCUCAAAUGGAACCUCCAGAGAAAGGGGCAAUCUACCUUCAUGCUCUGCUUUUCAUGGAAGGCAUCAGGCUGCUACUGCUCCGAGUUCAUGCCGGGAGCUUUUCCCAGCCCUACUUGGAGAUGCUGCCAGGGAUUUGAAUCCUGGGCUAAAGGCUACUGUUGCAGCUUUAUCUGCGAUUAUGGGGGCAGCCAAAGAAAGGGCCUCAUCUGAUGACCUGAGACCUUCCUAGAUGGCUGCUUUCUUACCAGGAUGGUAGCCUGGAUGGGCAUAUCUGGGUCCGACACAGCAAAGCAGUUCUUACACUCCUACUUUGUGUUAAGUCAGUAGCAUCAGGUUCCUUCUAGCCAAGGUAUAACCCUGAGUGGGGCAUGGGGACUGCUGUUUAUCCCAUUGCCAGAGCUUGCCAGAGAGAGAGCUCUAUAAAGCAGAGACACUGAAUCCUUUUAAAUUCCCCUGUGGAAAACCUUCAGGUGCCAGUGGAGACCAGAGGCAAAAGACUGGGGUGCCCUCUUGACCUUUAUUGAGUAGGCUACAUUCUGGCCAUGCCAAAGUCAAUAGGUGCCUCUCUCCAUCCAAGGCAAGUGAGAGGCAUCGUCAUAGUUCAAGGACAAAUUCCAGGCAGGUAGAAGUGCUCUGAGAGAGCACGGGGCACGAGUAGGAGCAAAGGGCAAGGGGCCAAAUUUAGCACACAGACCUACAGUUCCGAACGCAUGCUGCACAGUUUCUCCCCGGCCUCAUUGCAGCCUCAGAAGGCAAAGGCAAUUGCCCAAUGGGAAACAUGUGGCAGGAGCGGGUGGUGAUGUAUCAUCUUCUUCAUCGUUGUGGUUGCACCUAAUCUCUUUCAUUAUCCUGGCUCAGGGAGAAGAAAUGGGUGACGGUGGGAGACACAUCCCUGCGGAUAUUCAAGUGGGUGCCUGUUGCCGACAGCAAAGAGGUGAGGGGAUGAGCACCAAGCCCUUCUGGGGAGCGAGAGAAAGAGGGCUGUCUUCCAACACUAAACAGGGGCUUGGAGGAGCGCCCUCUUUCCCCCUCCCCAUUGUAGGCAGGAGGCAGACCAGGGUGGCUGUCUGGUGUUCAAUGACGGCAAUUUUGCCUAAGUGUUCAUUUUAUUGUCUUGCUUUACCAAAUGAAGAACACCCUGCAUUUGUUUGGCUCCAGUUUUCCAUUCUACAAAUACCAUUUUGAAUUUUAUUCCUGCCUUCUUGGGUGCCCAGUUUUGCGUAUGCCACAAACAUCAUCAUCAUCAUUAUUAUUACUAUUAUAAUUCAUUAUUAAUAUCCGCCUUUCCCCCAGACAGGGACUCAAGGCAGCUUACACAAAUUAAAAUAUAUAAAAUAAAAUAAGCUUACAACAUAUAAAAUAUAAUCAUUAAAAACUAAUUAAACUCAAGUAGGAUUAAAACAACAGGGGUGGGGCGGGCAAAUGAUUGAAAUACAGAUAAUAAAAACAGCACAGCACUGUUAAAGCCCUUUCCUUUAAAAAGCAAUUGGUUUUGAUGACAAUUCCCUCCAAGAUUGGAAUGGGGAACCUGCAGCAUUCCAAAUGUUGCCAUCUCCCAUCACCCUUGGCUGCUGGGACUCCUAGUUGUUGGGCUCCAGCAUCUGGAUGCCACCCUCUCAGCCCUGCUUUAAGCCCGAGUACCAGACCCAGGGCAGAAUCUUCUUUCGCAUUUGUACCCCCACAACCUCCAGACUGAUGAAGCACCACUAAUAAUUUUAAUAAUUUAUUACGGCCGUAGGCCCAUACAGAUAAAAACAAGACAUAAAUAACAACCUGUGCACAUGGGAAAAAACAGCCACUAAAACACUACUAUAACAAUAAACUACUAUAAGAUGGAAUGGCAUACUACGCCUUAAUUAGCUUGUGGUGCUCCUUGGCAACGCUUUUGAGUAAGGACAGCGACCAGGAACCUAGCCACUUUCAGGGUCGUAUGGGUAUCCUUAUCCUGCAAGAUUUGGGCAAGGUGGAAUUUUGGUGGAGUACCCUCUAAUUUCUGUAUGAUUGAUCCCAACAAAUUUGCCCGUGGCACCUUGAAUAAGGGGCAAGUGAACAUAAUGUGCUGAAGCGACUCCGGCAUCUCCUUAUCACAUUCGCACAUGGCGGAGGUUUGGCCCUUUGAGAAUCUAUGUCUCAGGGCAUUGGGGGAAAAACAUUAAACCUCGCUUUGGUGAAGGCCAGCCUAUGGGCAACAGUCGAAAGGGAGGAGAGGUAUGAAGGAACGCAGUAAGUUAAAGUGAUACCAAUGUUCUGGGGCGAACAAACACCUCCCCCCAGCAUAUAAUUUCGCUGUAAAUCGAUGUCAUCCAGUCUUUGGCGGAUCAGUCUUUGAGCAGUGGUUUGAUCUAGUUUUAGGGAAUCCAAGGGAGAGAUUCCAUAGCUCAGGAGUUUGGCAUGAAUUCUACUGGUCCAAAGGCUGGAGAAUUCAUCUCGCCAUAAGCAUUGGGCAAGGUAAUGGUCUGGUAAUCUAUGCCACAAUGAUAACCAAUAAUUGAAGACUUGCUUCCACAGGCAAGUUUCUAAAGAUGCGAUCUUCAAUUCUAGUCGCAUGGCUGCGUUGCUUACGCACAGGGGGAGCAUUAGGAGCCGACGUAGGAAUUGGUUUUGCAGAGUCUCAAGAGGAUGUGAGGGCGAUCUGGCUGCGACAUCUGUCACCCCAUUGAUCGCCAGGGUUGAUUCGGCUGAUCUGGCUGGCUAGGCGGGUGUCCCCUUCCUCCCUCACCGCUCCAUGUGCGUCCCUCCCGAAGCUGCGCGCUCGGUGGAAGAGGACGACCAUCCCAGAUAGAAGGAGUGUACCGUUCUUCGGUCAAGGAUGAAGCACCACUGAUGAGUAUUGGGGCAGCCUUUAUGGUUUGUCCUGUCCUAGUACUGGCAGGGGAAACUCACAGCCUUAUUUUUCUCUCCCUUCAAGAAAGAGAAGUCCAAAACCUGCAGCACUCCUGCUUCCCGGGAGCAGAACGGCUUCCCAGCCGAAGGGGCGGCCAACUCUUCGCUCCUUCUGGAGUUCCAGGGUGAGUAGGCUGGAGAGCAAAGGGUUGCAUUCUCUUGGGGGCAACUUUCCGGGGUCACGAGACAGUGGUGGGCAGGCCCAGAGACCAGUGGGUCGAGCAAUUCAUCUGAUACUCCCCUUUGCCUGGUAGGAUUUUGGCCAUGCCGGAGUCAAAGGUUUCUACACACUCACACAUCGCCAUUCUCUCUCCAGGCAAGCCAAGAGGCCUUAUCACGGUUCAAGGACACAUUUCCAGCUAGGCAUUAGCACUUGAGGAAGGCUUGUGAGGCAGGUGGCCUGGGCAACCUGGGAAGGAAGUGUAGCUUAGUGAGGCUCUGGAGGGCUGGAUGGAGAGGCCCAGAGUUCUGCAUUUGGCUCUUAUGUCCUCCUCUGCUUCGACCUUGGCAUGCCAGCCAAGCAGGAGACGUGGACCUGCUACAGUGACCUGUAAAACUUAUGCCAGGAAGCAGAAUUGCAUCAUUUCUCUGAUUCUACAUCAUUGUGCCAUCUCCCCCACCCCCACCCCAAUAGUUUGCAUAAUCUACUCUGGUUUCAGCUGGCGUUCUGGAAAGGGGCAGACAGUGAUUGCUCAACCAGCACCAGAAAGUCUACUCAGUGCCCCUCGCUUUUCGUUCUUGAGACAUUAGCCAGAUGUUUCUGAGAAUCUCUUCACAUCAUAAGGGUUAGAAACAUUGUGCUUGCUUUUUAAAAUGAAAGGCUGAAGUUCUCUGGAAACAAGAUUCCACACCCAGCUGGUGGGUUUCAGUCCUGCCGUCUCGCAGAAUUGCAGUUGGCCCGCUGCCCUGACCAGAAGACUUUCACAGCUUCUGGCCCUCUGUCUGUGUGGGUGUCGUCAUCCGGUUUGAGGGUUGGACUUUUUAAUUCCGAGAAAAGGCGAGUAAGAAGCGACAGGAUUGAGGUUUGUAAAAUUCUGCAUGGGCUGAAGAAAGUGGAUGGAGAAAACAUUUUCUCCUGCUGUCAUAACACUAGAACUCACAGACAUCCAGGGAAGUAGAAGAUUCAGGGCAGAUAAAAGGAAGGACUUCACACGAGUUAAACUAUGGAACUCCCUCCCACCGGAGGCAGUGAUAGCCACCAGUUUGAAUGGCUUUAAAAGAGGAUUAGGCAAAUUUGUGGAGGGAAAUAAGGCUUUCAGUGGCUACUAGCCAUGAUAGGUAUGUUCUGCCUCCACAGAGGGAGCAAUGCUUCUGAAUCCCAGUUGCUGUGAGAAGAUGCUGGAUGAGAUGGGCCAUUGAUCUGAUCCAGCAUCAUCUUCUUGGCAGAGGGCCCCAGCUCAGUCUCCAGUGGGAUCUCAGUGAGCUGCAGCAUUUGCCUACCAGCCAAUGGCUACUAGCCAUGAUGGCUGUGCAUUCAGAGGCAGCGAUGCUUCUGAAUAUCAGUUGCUGGAAACAGCAGGAGAGGAAAGUGCUUGGAUCUUGCUUGCUGCUUUCUCUCAGGCGUCAGACUGGCUAUUGUGAGAAGAAGAUGCAAGACAUUGACCUGACCCAGCAGGGCUCUCUUCAUUUCCUUAGGGUAGGGAAGCUUGCAUCUGCCCACAGUGGGAAGCCCCAAGAGCAACCCAUUCCAUUCCAAACCAGGUGGCCUCUCAGGUGUGGGGAACGCAGACACAGGAACCGGCAGUGCUGCUCCUGGCUCCAGCUCCUGAGGCGGCCUCUCCCUCCCCAUGCAUUUCAGAUGAGAACAGCAACCAGAGCUCCCUCUCGGACACCUACCCACUCAAGGCGGACAGCAGCCUGGCCUCCAGCCCCAGCCCCCAGCAGAGUGAGUCCAUGAGCCCCAGCCACGCCUCUGAUUUCCGGGCUGACGACUCUCAGCCGCCCACGCUGGGGCAGGAGCCCUUGGAAGGUGAGUGGCUUAGCCCAAGGGGACUGCGGUGGGGCAGGGGAGGCCCAUCGAGGGCAACCACUGCCCUGGAGGGGAAGGGGCAGGUGGAGUGGGGCAUCCCCUAACAGGCAGCUUCCAGCUGGGAAAAGGAACAUUUACUAUCUUCGUCUGGUAAUUCUAUAGCCAUUCCUUGAGAGGAAUAGCCUGACCACCUUAUUCUAUGCAUUGGCAACCUUGAUACAGGGCUGUUGCAAUGCGCUCUCUGUGAGGCUACCCAUCCACUACCGAGCCAGGUUCAAGGUGCUAGUAUUAAUUUUCAAAGCCCUGAACAACUUAGGUCCAGGGUACCUCAGGGAUUGCCUGCUUUCCAAGGUUGAUCAUCAAGCAUCCUUGGUCAUCCCCUAAGUUGAUGAGGUUCAUUUCCCAAGCUUUUAGUGUCGUCAUCUCAGUCCUGUGGAACUCCCUGCCACUAGAGAUUCAGUGGGCUCCUUCUGUGCUAGCUUUUUAACACUUGCUGAAAACACUUGUCAACUCCUGUUUCCAGAGCCUGCCCUUCCGCCCUCUGAAGUAGCCGAUGAGCCUCCAACUCUCACGAAGGAAGAGCCGGUUCCACUGGAGGCUCAGGUAAGGAUGGUGAGCCAGAGUUAAUCAGCUCUCUCUGGGAUCUAGGGCUCGGGGGCUGGAGCAUUCUAGAUCCACGCCCCAGAAAACUGGUGUUGGUUCAAGGAAAAAACGAGGUAUAUAAAAAGCAGAAUUCCUUAAAUGCCAAGAUCCAAGUUUGGGGCACAUCCUCUUUGGUGAGUGAACCCCAACAGAAAUGUAAAAUCACAAAACAUGCAGGAAAUAAAAGUGUGGAAAUAUAGGCUGUUAGAGCUUUCAGGUAUGAGUUCCGAAAUUUCCUUCUUCCCCCAGAAUAGGCUAAAGACCACAUGCCUGAUAAGCUAAAAAAUAGUUUGCUUACAAGCUCUCCAAAGAUCAGAUUCGUGUGCUUCAGAAAAGGUUGCACAGGCUGUUACAAAGUGGUGAAAGUUCUUAAAUUAUUGGUACAGGAAAUCAGGAGUGGUUUUUGAGAGCCAUGUGGCCUGAGCUCAGGUAGACUGAGGAGGAACAAAGGCUUAAUUACCUGGUCCCUCCCAAAGUGAGCUAAGCCUGACAGGACAGCUUACUCUAUGGUCUUAACCCCUUCAUGCAUUAAUUUGACUUCAGCAUGUUGCUUAUAUGAAGCUGGUUUCCCCCCAUGGAGAUUCUGGAGAGGGUUUCCAUUUGGGGAGCACAGCUGCAGCCUUUCUACUAACUAACUGAAUUUAUAGCCCACUCUGACUCAAAGGCUUAGAGAAAGUGACAGCAGUAUGGUAGGUUUUCUUAAUGCUCAUGGCUCUGAAUGAACCAGAGAAUCAUAGAACUGUAGAUUUGGAAGGUACCCCAAGGGUCAUCUAGUCCAAUCCUCUGCAGUGAAGGGGUCUCAGCUAAAGAAUCCCUGACAGAAGGCCCCCGAACCUCUGCUUUAAAACCUCCCAGGAAAGUCCACCACCUUCCAAGGGAGUCCGUUCCGCUUUUGAAUGGCUGUUACCCUCGGAAAUUUAUUCCUAUGGUUUAUUAAGAAUCUCCUCCUUUGUAAUCAGUUGGCAGCCCUGUGCUAGAGAGAACAAGUCAGAGCCAGGCUCGGUAUGUAAAGCAGCUCCUUGUGUUCUUCUCCUGCAGGUGCCUGGCACAGAGGAGGAUUCCGGCGCGCCUCCGCUCAAGCGAUUUUGCACAGACCAGAAUGCCACGUGCCAGGUGGCCUCCGAGAGCUAGCCAGCUCGCCCGCUUCUGCCCUGUCCCAAGAGCCACCCCACCCCCAGGAUGCCACUCUCUCAAAGUCGGCAUCCUCUUCCACCUCCGCUCCCCUCCAAGAAUCAACUUGCUGUUCCCACGGCCCUUCCAGAGGCCGCCUUUCUCCCCCUACCACCCUGUGCAAUAUUUUCCCGAUGCCCCUCGGAGCCAGCCAGCCACAUCCUCCCAACCCGCACGCCUAAAGGACAAGGCGUUGCCGGGGCUGCUCCUGCCCGCUUUUUAAUUUGCCCUCUUUGUGGCUCCGGGGGGCGACCCCUUGGGAAGUUUCCGUAGGGAAAGAGGAGUUGUCAGCACUUAACGGGCAAACCGCGAGGUCCACGCACCCCCUCUCCUCCUGCAGGGAGCAAAUGACUCUCUUGCGAGGAGGGGCAGGGCCUGGCGGGGAGCCCAGCUGGGAUGCUGUGCAAUAGUUGUGGGGUUAAGCCAUUAGCACUGGAGUAAGCCAGGUCUCUGCCCACCAAGCAGUGGGCCCUCUCUGGAGGUGGGAUAUGUCUGAGGAAGCCAAGGCUGCCUUGGCUGGGGUCAGGUGGCCAGAAGGCACCCUCCCCUGCCAGUGGGGCUGGCCUGGCCUUGGGGGUCAAGGAGGCCACCCUGGGCACCAAAGGGACCCUGCAGCCCUCAUGGCAGGAGCAGCUGCCACCGACCCCCACUGCCUCUGCAGACCUGUCCCCUCCGUCGCGAUCCGCAUGCGGAAUGGAGUUUGCGAUCGAGGCCCUGCUGUGGUGCGGAGUGCCCAGCCACACAGGGAAGCAAAGAGAUAUUUUAGCACUGAAGAGAAUAUUUUUAAAAUUAAAACUAUUUGAAGUAAUC